GAAAAUAAUCAUAUUUAUUCAUCGGCAUCCAUCCACAAGUCCGCGUUAAUAGGACUGGACCCUACCAAACGACUCGGAGCUCAUCAGUGGAUCUCAUUCAGGAUGGGACUGCUUCCUCGAAAGACACUGGAAUCCCAACAGAAUCCGUACCUGCAAUUUCUUAUUCGCCACGUCCGACAGCGGCCUGUAAUAUUCUUUGGAUUCCCAUUCAUUAGUACCCUUCUCGUCGGUUCGGUAAUGCUCUCGAGGCUAACACAAACCCGAUACGAUUACCAAGCUACUAGGGUUCAAUCGCUCACUCAUGCUGAUAAGCUCAAGCUCGAUCAAGACCAAGCCAAUCGAAAGCCGUUCGAUCUAAGGGAAGAGUACUUCAAACUCUCCCAACCCUCGGCACCACAAAUCUCUGAAGUAUCCCAGAUCCCUAGUCUGUCAGACGAAAACAAAAAGCAACCCAAGUCGAAACGAUUGAAAAAUUGGGAAGAGUGGGAUGGCGAACAGGUUAGGGUACAACGUCCCCUCGGCGCACCCGAAUGGGGUGGAGUUGAUCCUAAACAGCAAUCACCCGAAAUUGGGACUCGGCUCGUCUAAUCAUCAUCAAAAUGCUCAGUUAUAGAUCAAUUUUCGAUCUCAUAAGAAACAUCUUUUUUCACCAUAGUCUAUCAGUACGGCUUGAGUUAUCUGACUGGAAAAAUAUCUAGUGUAUCAAUUUGCUUCUUUUCUGUCUCACUGCAUGAGACUGAGUUCCCUAGCUUCCAAAGAAAAGCUACUAUGAUUGCAAAUGUAGCUGUCCAACCAGAGGGCAUGAAUUCCAUCACAUGCUUAUUCAUUUGGAAAAGAACAAGAAAUUAAACAUCAACCCAUGAUUCAAUUCAAGGCUUACAGCUUGUCAUUCUACA